GAGAUGGAUUUAGGAUUGCUUUAAGGGUUUACUUUAAAGGAAUCAUGAUUAGAUGCUAUAAACCGAAAUACGGUUUAGUAAUCUUUCAUAGAUUUAAAUGUAUUAACUACUUAUGUAUAUUUAUAAGUAUUAUUAAGUUGAAACUGAAAAAUGAAGAAGAUUUAUAUUUGAUAUUUUUCAAAUGAUGAUACUUCCAUGCACCACUCUGAUGCUAGAAAUAGCAUUGUGCAGAUUAUGGAUUUCUGAUACUGGAAAAAUAUCAUACCUUAUGAGAGUGAUUUCAUAUAUCGCUUUAAAGAAAUCUUGUUAGAAUGCAAAUUUCUUAAACUAAUAUCUUGUUAUUGUUCGUAGAACUUUGAUAUAGAUUUCCACAUCCAAUUUUAUCAACUUUCUUUAAAGUGAAAACUGGAAUCGUAGAUCAUAAUCAGGUGUGGUUAGAGUUUUGUAUAAUUAUGAUAAAGCAGAUUGAUGAUAAUUUUUCAAAUGAUGAUACUUCCAUGCACCACUCUUAAGCUAGAAAUAGCAUAGUGCAGAUUAUGGAUUUCUGAAAAAUGAAAAAUAUCCUUUGAAAUAAAUGAUGUGAAUGUCUUUCCAAGCAUCACUUUAAAAGAAACUUGUUAGAAUGAACAUUUUAUAAAUAAGGAUCUAGUUUACUUCCAAUUCUAUCAACUUUCUUUAAAGUGAGAACUGGAAUUUUAAAUCAUUAUCAAAUUUGAGGAUAUUAUAAAACUUUUUGAUAAUUUUUCAAAUGAUGAUACUUCCAUGCACCACUCUUAAGCUUUUAUUAGCAUUGUGCAGAUUAUGGAUUUCUGAUAUUGGAAAAAUAGCAUACCUUAUGAGAGUGGUUCCAUAUAUCACUUUAAAAGAAUCUUGUUAGAAUGUGAAUUCUUUAAAUAAAUUUCUUGUUGUUCGUAGAACUUUAUCAAUUUUAACAUCCAAUUCUAUCAACUUUCUUCAAAGUGAAAACUGGAAACUUAAAUCAUAGUCAGGUAUUAAAAUAAAAAUUAAAAUAAAAAUGAUGAUACUUCCAUGCAUCACUCUUAAGCUAGAAAUAGCAUAGUGCAGAUUAUGGAUUUCUGAAAAAAGAAAAAUAUCCUUUGAAAUAAAUGAUGUGAAUGUCUUUCCAAGCAUCACUUUAAAAGAAACUUGUUAGAAUGAACAUUUUAUAAAUAAGGAUCUAGUUUACUUCCAAUUCUAUCAACUUUCUUUAAAGUGAGAACUGGAAUUUUAAAUCAUUAUCAAAUUUGAGGAUAUUAUAAAACUUUUUGAUAAUUUUUCAAAUGAUGAUACUUCCAUGCACCACUCUUAAGCUUUUAUUAGCAUUGUGCAGAUUAUGGAUUUCUGAUACUGGAAAAAUAUCUUACCUUAUGAGAGUGGUUCCAUAUAUCACUUUAAAUGAAUCUUGUUAGAAUGUGAAUUCUUUAAAUAAAUUUCUUAUUGUUCGCAGAACUUUGAUAUCAAUUUUAACAUCCAAUUCUAUCAACUUUCUUCGAAGUGAAAACUGGAACCUUAGGUCAUAGUCAGGUAUUGAAAUAUAUGAUAAAAUUAUGAAACUUAUUGAUAAUUUUUCAAAUGAUGAUACUUCCAUGCACCACUCUUAAGCUAGAAAUAGCAUAGUGCAGAUUAUGGAUUUCUGAAAAAUGAAAAAUAUCCUUUGAAAUAAAUGAUGUGAAUGUCUUUCCAAGCAUCACUUUAAUAGAAACUUGUUAGAAUGAACAUUUUAUAAAUAAGGAUCUAGUUUACUUCCAAUUCUAUCAACUUUCUUUAAAGUGAGAACUGGAAUUAUAAAUAAUUAUCAGAUUUGAGGAUAUUAUAAAACUUUUUGAUAAUUUUUCAAAUGAUGAUACUUCCAUGCACCACUCUUAAGCUAGAAAUAGCACAGUGCAGAUUAUGGAUUUCUGAAAUGAAAUAUAUCCUAUCCUUUAUGGUGAUAGUGGUUUCUCGUAUGACUUUAAAGGAAUCUUGUUUAAAUAAACUUUGAUUUAGAUUUUUACAUCCAUUUCACUCAACUUCCUUUAAAGUGAAAACAGGAAUCGUUAAUCAUAAUCAGGUGUCAGGAUACUGCAUAGUUAUAAGAAAGCAUAUUAAUGAAAAUUUUUCAAGUGAUGAUACUUCCAUGCACCACUCUUAAGCUAGAAAUGGCAUAGUGCAGAUUAUGGAUUUCUGAUAUAUGAAAAAUAUUCUAUCUAAUGUGAUAUGAGAGUGGUUCUAGAUAUCGCUUUAAAGGAAUUUUGAUUGAAUUCUAAAAUAUUUUAUAAUUAAGGAUCUUACGGUAGAACUUUGAUUUAGAUUUUUACAUACAAUUCUGUCAACUUUCUUUAAAGUGAAAACUGGAAUCGUAGAUCAUAAUCAGAGUUUAGGGUAAUAUAUAUUUUAAAGCAUAUUGAUAUUAACUUUUCAAAUGAUGAUACUUCCAUGCACCACUCUGAAGCUUUUAUUAGCACUAUGCAGAUUAUGGAUUUCUGAUAAAUGAAAAUCAACCAAUAUUCAAUAUGUGAAUGAACGAAAUUAGAAAACAAAAGAAAGCAUAGUAGGCCUGUCAGUUUGAGCCUAUUUUAGUGAGCGUUUUUGUUCAGUCAGUGAUAAAUUCUUUUGAUUUUCGGUCAUAAAUUCAGUGUAAUCUUAAGUGAAAUUGUUGAAUCAACUUGUUGUGUGUUCAAAAAAAAGAUACGGGGAAUCCAAGAAGCUUGUUUACCCAUUUCGAAUUAGUUUAGUGUGAUCUCUGUGUGAUUUGUGAGUGGUGUUAAUAAGUGUGUGGUACGUUGAUGUGUCUGCCACAGACGACGCUGUAGAAGCUGUAAGUAAGAUAUUUCCUUUUGUUCGGACUCAAAAUUCUCAGUGAUUUUGGCCCGUACUUCAAAAUUAUAGUCUUUCCAAACCUUCGAGAUGGUCGUUCCCUUUGCUAAUUCGCCACAAAAGAAAGCGGGUCGCGUUGCUCCCAAAAGCACUCCAGUGACUGGUCCAUUGAAUGAUGAGCGGAAACGGCCGACAUCCCUCAGGCUAAGGCGUGCCACAGCCGGUGCUUUAGCCAGUCUAAGUGCACCGCUUGCUGGUUCAGUGGGUCUUGGCCUGGUUACUGGGACGGACAGGGAUGGGUUCCCGCAAAACAUUGCGGCAUCAAAGGCACAAGCGACAACAGCCCCCCCGACUCGUCCUUACCGCAGGGCGGGAGCCGCAGCAGCCGCCGCCUCCGCCGCAACCGCUUCUGCCGCCGCUAACUUUGCUGCCAAGGUGCCUGGUGCCCCGGUCGUCGGAGCGGUCUUGCACUUCGGAACCAACAGCAACAUAGCCCUUCAGUCGCUGCCCAGGAAAAGCUCGCUGGCUAGCCGGAAAGUCGGAGGAGGCAAGACUGCAGAUCCCAGUAUCAAACGCCGUGUCAAGUUCUCGGCCAAUGUACACACAUUUCCAUCGGUGACCAGCGCCAAGAAGUCCACCCGGAUUGGUGAGCUGCAGCUGAAGAAGAAGGUCAAGAAGCUGAAGCGGAAUCGAUCUCGUCGGGAGGGCGGAAGUGGUGAAACGGCAAGCGAACUUCUUAACUCAAGUGGUAUUGCCACAAGUAGUAACCAGGACAUUUACAAACACGGAACCAUCGUUGAUGUGGAAUCCGUUAAAUCAGCAGCAGCGGCGCCACGCGUUCUUCGCCUGAACGUUGUGGGGAAAUCCUCGCCAGCAACUGGUAAAUCAGCCCUAGCAACUGCUCUUCUUCGCAGGGCCAAGAGAACAGCUGCCGAGGAGAAGGCGGCCAAGGAAUCUGGAUCUGGUGAGAGCAGAAGAAAAGGAAAGGCAAAGACGAAGACGGGCAUCAAGACUGGUAGUGCCAGCACAAAGACUCUACCUGGAUCAAGCUCACGUUUGGUGGAAAACGGUGCGGGAUUAGCAGGACGCAAGAAGCCGGUGUCGACAAUCACCGGUAUUCAGCGUAGUAGGGUAGGGCAGGCACAGAAUGGGCGGCGAGGCAAUGGAAAAGUCUGA